AGAUAGAUAUAUAUAUUAUAUAUAGUAUAUAUAUAUAUAUAUACUAUAUAAAGUGCUGCAAAUUGGUGUUGUGAGAACGUUGAAAGAAGCGAUAAGGGAUUAACCAUGCAGAUGCACGAGCAAAUCAUCAUGGUCGAUGGCCAAGAACAGCCUAUCUCGAGGACGUAUCAGUAUAGAAAGGUGAUGAAACCGAUGCUAGAACGGAAACGUAGAGCACGUAUCAAUCGUUGCUUGGACGAGUUAAAGGAUCUUAUGGUGACGGCUUUAGCCGGAGACGGGGAAAACGUAGCAAAAUUGGAGAAAGCGGAUAUCCUCGAAUUGACCGUUCGCCAUCUUCACAAACUUCAGCGUCAGCAACGUUUAUCAGCGAAUCCGGUGAUAGAUGCUGAUCGUUUCAGAGCCGGUUACACGCAUUGCGCUAACGAAGUUAGCCGUUGUCUCGCGGCAACUCCUGGCGUCGACGUAGCUCUCGGUACCAAAUUGAUGACCCAUCUUGGACACAAACUAAAUUCGAUGGACAAAACCGGACCGUUGACCAUCCACGUGGCUGCACCACAAUCCUCGCCUUCCUCAUCGAGCGAACUUAGUUCCGACGAAUAUUCGAUGCCUCUUACACCGGCCUCCAGUCAACCAUCUCCGGUAAGGACGGACGUCGAUACCAUCCCCCAACAGAGCCAUCAUCUCGCGGAGGGUCUCUUACGAGUCGCUAAAUCCGACGAAACUAUCUGGAGACCCUGGUAAAAGCGAAGGGAAACUUUUCGCGUUGGCGUCGAAAUUUCUCUUUAAGAAAAAAAUGAAAAAAAAAAAGAUGGAGAAGAAGAAGAAGAAAGGAAAAAAAAGAGAAGAGCCACGCCUAAGUAAUUCUCAACGUGAGACCGAGAAAAACGCUUGAGAAUGACAAAGAUCUCUCUUCGCGCGGUGCGACGGUUCUGGUGCAAUUUCAUCUGUGAUUUAAUACGGAUGAUCUCGGAAUAAUCGAUAGACGAGAAUAAUUGAGACUCUCGAGAGUUUUAUAUUAUUUUUCUCUUGAGAAAAGAGUUUCAAGAUGACUCGCUUCCAAUAGAGAAAGAAAAGGUACAAGAAGAAGAGGAAGAAAAAGAAGUUCGAGUAUUUCUAAGAACGAACGAUAAUACGAAAAACAAAAUCGUUCUAACCGAUGACGGAACCAAGAUCUCCAAAUGUAUCGGUGAAAUAAGACAACACGAAACGAAAGACUUCUCGAUUAGUGACGUCCUCUUUCGAAUAUUCUAUUCUCGCGUAAUACGAACAAAUCUACCUGAAGACCUGAGCUUUCUCCUUCGCGUUAAUCGAUUCGUAUAAGAUCGAAGAAAGUAUUAAGAUCUCGAUAUAUAUAUACACAUAUAUAUAUGUGUGUGUGUGUAUGUAUAUAUAUAUAUAUAUAUGAAAAUAAUUGACCGUGAUGCGGUAAUAAGCAGCCACGGUUGAAGCUUUAAUUUACAUAAUCCCGAUGGUUAGAUUUUUCUAUUGUUUGUUUCAUACUUUUAUCGAAAUACAUAUCUUGUUUAUUUAGUCGAUUUCCUCGCGAAAAAAAUUUUCGAAAAUCGAAGAUUUUUAUGCCCGGAUAAGUGCAUUCUGUUUCCAAUGCGCUAAUUCUUUUCGUUUCUUUUUAUUCUUCUUUGGUAAAUAGAUGUAACGAGAUGCAUUGAUUCUUAAAUUCUUUUCUAAAACUUUUUGAUUGACGUUAAAGAGAAAAAAAAAAAACAAAUACGAUCGAUGAAACAGACUGCACAAAUUAACUCGCGACGAAAACGUCUGUUGUAUAUGCGUUUCCUCCUCCGUCAAAGUUAAGUUAAGGCAUCGGGUUUCUGAGAUCGUCUUUUUCAUUAUUGUUAAUAAAUAAUCGUUUUGUGAGAUAUGCAUGUUAAAUUAAAGAUUUAAAAAAGGAAGAAAAAAAAAGGAGAAAAUAAAAAAGACGUCGACGUAACUUGAUUGAGAGGAGGAUAUUGUGAUAGAGAAACGUGUACCUGUGAUAUUUACUGUAGUAGAGAUAGUAAAAUGAUACUAAAGUUUUAAUAAACAUGUUUCCACGUCUAUUCAA